GUACAGACGAACUUAAAUAAGGCAACAAUGUCAUCGGUAUAUAAGCGUGGUAAAGUUAAAAGGGCUACACUACUUAUUAAGAGAACACAGCGGAUAAGAAGCCAUCCAAAAAAGAAAACCUAUAAAUCACAGUAUGAAACGUUAAAAAAUAAUAACAUGUCAUUGGCAAAAGCACUGUCGAAAGAGAAACAAGAAUGCCAAGGGUUAUUCGCUCAAAAUGUUCAGUUAAUCGCAGACAUUCAUAAUUUAAGUGUUGCUUGUAGCAACCAUGAUCAUGUAAUUUUAAGCGUUGAAAAGAAUGCAAAGGAAAUAUUAGCUUUGUUGGUUGCAAUGAGUAAUUACGUCACUAGUACGAUAGCAUCUUGUCAAGAGUUCAAAACCAGAAGAGAAUCGAACUCGUUUGCUUCUACUUCACUCGGAAGAAAAGAAUCGAUUAGGAGAAUGUCUACAAAGUCUCCUGCAAAAGGUGUAGUAAAGCCAAUGGUGAGCGGCCAUCUUAUUACAAAACCAAUGAGUAGAGUAAACAUGCAGCGUGUUCAUACUGCCCCAAACUUAAGUUCAAUUGAAGAAGGAUCAAAUUCACCAGACAGAGCUCAACGAGUGGUUGAAGCCAGAUCUCCUAUUGCUAUUUCUAAUAGGCAGUCUAAUUAUGAAAACAGGCAGAGAUGCAGAUUACCUGAGAAACUCGAUAUUAAUUCGUUAAGAAGUGAUGACGAAGAAGAGAGGAGAUUAAGUAGGAGUAACAGACAUUCGGGAAAAUUGUCACGGAAGCAUUCUAAACGAAAUUCUAUGAGGCUUUCUGGAAGUUACAUGACGAGACGAAGUGGCGAUGCAGUCUUUGAUAAUAUUGGCAGUCCUCGAGUUACUCUUAACGACGUUUCAAAACUUUUACAUAAUUCUCAGACUGUUAAUAUUAAAAAGUUGUUUGAGAGUAGCAGGUCCUCAGAAAAUCACAUCACCGAAGAAUCUAAUGAGACAGUCCAUGAACAAGUAGCAACUGAAAUGUUACCAAGUACGGAAGACUUAUCCGAUUCUGAGUCAAGAACUCUAAAAAAUAGCGAAGAUGAAUAUUCUCCACCAAGUGGUAAAAAUAAUAAGAACAAGCGAAAUAAUGUAAUCGAUGAAGAUGAUCCAUUAGAAGGCCCAAGCUGGUUAUUUAGUAAUUCCGAAACUGACCUUUCGGACUCGGAUACUGUGAUCCAACAAAGAACGUUACCUUUUAAAAAUAAUUUAUUGGAUUCUCCGACUAGUGAAGUACAGUCUGAUGACAUGGUGUGUUCUCUUACACCUCAAAGAUCUCUAUGUCAGUCAAAAUCUAUAAAUAACAUUCAAGUUAGAAAAGGACAACAGGCAACAGUGAGUCAAGACGAUCAAUCUCCAGUAAAUUCAAGAAAUUCUGAACAUAACGGAUCGCUUUGUCAAUCACCCGUGGAUGCUCCAGAUGUCUUGCAAGAAGAGUGUGACCCUCAUGAAAUGACAACAUUUAAACUGCCGCAAUAUGGACAUUUUGUAACCGUUCGGCGAACAGUUGCUGUCGUUGACGUGGAUGACUUGGCUUUCUUGUCUUUCGUUUGUGGCGUUCGUGGAGCGCCUUUUGACCUCUUUGACCUUGCUUUACUUCAGUUUGCGCUGCUUGCAGUACCUUCCUUUGCUUCGUUUGCACUGGAAGCAGUAGCCACUUCUGCUAUUUUCAGUCUGAUCCGCCUGUUCCAUUCGCUGCAUUUGCCGAACUUCCGUAUCGACAGUCUCGAAUUUGCUCUGUUUGCUUGUCUGGCUGUACUAUCUUUGACUUUUUGGGGUGUAGGGGGUGCUGCGCUUACUUGGCUCAUUUGGGUGAUUUGGGUGGUAUUGGCGGCUGUAGUAGAUGGAGCCGUCGGAGGCGUCCCAGGGGUCCAAUGGCUUUACCGGAUUUUCGGUUACCUAGUGUUUCUUCAGUGA